AUGUACCGUGGCGGCGGCAACAAUCGCUACCGCAGUCGAGGGAACUACUCUGGAAGAGGUCGCGGCAACGGCAGACAAACAACCCGCCAGCGAGGCCUAUUCGCGGACGGUAUCUGGCAUUGUGACUGUACUCCACGCUUACCCGCCGAGCACUUCAAGACGAGAAAGGAGGGUCCGAAUCAAGGCAGAUGGUUCUACACUUGCCAGAAGCCGAAGGGAGAGGGAUGCGGCUUCUUCUUGUGGGAUGAUGACGCCAAACCGAGAGAGGAGGCUGCGGUGUUGAGUGGAAAGCGGUCAGAGCCGGGCGGAGAGACUGCUCAAGAAGGUUGGAAUGCUGGCAGGCCGACGGUCGAGCCCCAAGGCAAAGGGCUGUUUGAAGGGCAUGCAGACGAAACCGCAAGGUACGAGAGAGACGCUUCUACUGCCAGUCCGACGCCACCACCUUCACGAAAAUCGAACGGCCCGAGUACCGGUGGCUCCAAGCGAACGGCAAGGGACGCUGAACUGGACGAGUUCGAUCUAGACGAUGUGGGAGCUCGAGACAUGGAGAAGCUAGCAAAUUCACUUCCGCCAGAAACACCGCACAAGAUACAGAAGACCGGUGUAUACGCAACCCCAGCGACUACAGGAAAGCGGAAGCUCCCCUGGCUUGAAGAGCCUGUCACGCCCGCGACCUCUACGAAAUCAACAACGGGAUACUUCGAUACACCGUCGAAGGGUGAGACACAGAGCUCUAUCUCUGUUGCCGAGCCUGAGACUCCAGCCGUUCCACACACCAUAGCAACUGCAGCAUCGCCCUCACCACCGACGAGGUACAAGGAUGCACUGCACAACCCUGCAGACUCAGCAAGCUCUCUAACCAGCGAGGUACUGGCCGCUUUGUCCUCCGUCACAAUGCCUGCAGAGGUCCGGGAGAGCCUUCGGAGCAUAUGCACGAAACAUGAUCUGAGGUCGCAAGGAUUUGUGAGAGGCCGCGACAUCUCGCGCCUGGCCAUCAAGGCGAAGGAUGCCAAGAUUACCGAACUGCAAGCGCGGAUAGCGAGUAUGCAAGCCGACAAUGAGGUUGAGAAGAGCCUGAACAGGAUGAAACGGUGGCAAAGUGAGGGUCGUUUAGAGUAG